AAAGAGAGAGACAAAUCGAGAGACGCAGAUCUGUAAAAGGGAAAACAAGGAAGGGAUCCCACAGAUCUUUAAGAAGCAAAUUGAACAAGCAAGAACAAGAAGGAAGAACAAAAAGGGAAUAUGUUACCAACGGUGAGCAAAACGCAUUCGUCGCCCUCCACAUCUCGACCGGACUCCAUGUUCCCUCAGUACCUCCGUCGAAUUGUCAAGUGGCAACAAAUGGAUAUUGAAUAUACAUUCUGGCAAAUGCUUCAUCUGUGUACUGCACCAAAGGUCGUCUAUCAGCACACUAAAUAUCACAAACAAACCAAGAACCAGUGGGCACGCGACGACCCUGCUUUUGUUGUAAUCUGUAGCCUUCUUUUGGCAGUUGCAACAGUAGCUUAUUGUGCUGCGUAUGAUCACAGUGCUGCACAUGCUGUUUUUGUAGUUAUUUCAGUAUUGCUUUUCCAUUUUUUACUAACUGGAGUAACUCUGGCUACAUGUUGUUGGUUCUUGACAAAUGCUUACCUUCGGGAAGAGGCUCCAAAUAGUCAUGUUGUGGAACAACGGGUUGAAUGGCUGUAUGCAUUUGAUGUGCACUGCAAUUCUUUCUUCCCAAUGUUUGUAAUGCUUUACGUAAUUCAUUAUUUUCUGUCACCUCUUCUGGUAGCCCACGGGUUUAUCCCUGAACUCCUGUCGAAUCUGCUUCUCAUGGUGGCAGCUUCUUACUAUCACUACCUCAACUUUUUAGGUUAUGAUGUACUUCCCUUUCUGGAGAGAACAACCUUUUUCCUCUACCCAAUUGGUGUCAUAAUCGUUUUAUCGCCUAUCUUGAUUUUAAGUGGCUUCAAUCCUUCGAGAUAUUUUAUGAAUAUAUAUUUUAGCCAGAGGGUAUGAUAUGCCAAAUGUGAGAUCGGAGACUAGUUUGGAGGCAGGAUCAAUGUUAGGUGGCUUUUGAUGGUUUGCAUACAUGUAAAAGGGAGAAAUGCGGCAAAAUUUUAAAAGAGGAGAUGAUAAAGAAAAGGUAACCUUCACUCGAAGAAGCCUUUCUAGUCUUUCUUCAUGUUUUUUUCUUACCAUCAGGAGCAGAAAUUAAAACCAAAUGAAUUAGGUUAGAGAAAUGAGUUUUCAGUGUUCAAGAUGAUUGAUCAAAUGGAGCUAUUUGAAAUGUAAUGAUUUUGACCCUUUGUUUUCUUAUUAAUAUGUAUGUGUUCUUCUAUCUGAGAAAUCAUAGUUUAUGAGAUC